CUCUUUUCUCAUACGUGUGCUUGCGUAAUCAAGUACUGGUUCUCACUAUAAACCUUUUAAACAAUCAAACAUUCCACUUACUUUUUUUAUUUUGGACCCAACAACCAAAAAAUCUGUCAAGAAUAUAUAUAUAUAUAUGUAUAUCAGUCUCUGUACAAGAGUGGGAAAUGAAGUAACUGACGAAAGACCUCUCUUCAGUGAUGGAAUCUCUUAUCCUAGUACAAAUGAUGAUAACACUUCAGCAAAAUCGUCUGUCAGUCCCUUGGAUGGAAUGCAAGAAUCUAAUGUUUUGAAUAUCAACAAGCACCCGUUUUUCACUCCAAUGAAACCCUUCGUAUGCUCUACUGAAGAUAUGAUACAACUCCUUCAAUUAACCACGCCUUCUUACCUAUACCAACUGUCAAUAAUAAAAGAUAAGCAACAAGCCCUCGUCAAAGAAGAAAAGGAAAACAUGCUGCCUCUUGUCAUCAAUAUUCUUCGUAAUCACAGUGAACAACCUAUGGACCAAUAUACCCUACAACAGUACUUGAAAGAGAGAAGUUGUUUUCUACACCAUCUUCUUGGAGAAUUAAUGCCUGCAGCGACCAAACAAUCUUUCAUCAAAAAAGUCAAGCGUAAUGACACUUGGAUCAAGAGUUAAAUGGAGACCAUUUCUGUUAGGGGCGUGAGUUGUCAAGAGAAAAAAACAAAAAAAAAACAAAACACAAGUACAAGUUUCAAGAAUUUUUUAUUUCUGGGGAUGUGAUGGAUGCUUGGUGGGAUGAAUUAGAAGGUGUGGAACAAGGACAUUAGUUACAGUUUAAAGUCCUUUUUCAUUUUGUUUUCAAAAUUCGUUUGUUUUCAAAAUUCGUUUGUAAAAUUCAAUUUUGUUAUCAAAUUUUUUAGUAUAAAUACUCUACCUUUUCCAUGUUUGCUUUCUUUAGUCAAUUUAUAUUAUAUUUUUUAAAUAAAAAACUUUCUUCUCAUCCCAUCUCAAUUGUAUUUGUG